AUACAUAUGUAUGUAUAUGUACAAAUGGGAUGGACAUCUCAUAAACAUAAAAAGAUAAAGCCGUGUUCCCAAAACAAUUUGGGUGUGUUGUAGGCUGCGAAAACGGAUGUUCUGCACAAGCAUACUGAUUAAACAAAAAACUAGUGACGAUCGCACCUUAAAUGUACAAAUCUGAGAUGACUUUAUAACGAAGACUGAUUAUACGUUUAACUAAGUAAACAAGGUUAUUCAUCACUUUUGAAUUCACGAGUUAUGAAAUGUUCAUUUAUCAUUUUUAGAAUGUCGCCAUUCUCCCAAUAUUUACUACAUUUUCGUAUGCUUUUUAUCUUACUGAGCGCAUUGCCAGCAAAUGGCAAGAAUCACUUUUUAACGGUUGGCCUUUGUCGAAAUGGUAAGGUUCGACGAACUUCCUCUGACCGAGUGUCCCCAAAAGAACACUUUUAUACCGACUUCCAAUUACUUAUCUUCGCGCCAGCAUUUCUUUAUUUGCCGCGCACCUCAAAUAGUUUAAUGGUUUAACGGCUAAAAUGGGAGGAGUCGUUGUUGGCGUAUUGCCCAGGGCUAAUUCAAAAACAAAACAUAGGAACUGAAUUGCACGCUAUUUAAUUUUAAUUUGUAUGUAGUUUUCGUGGAGCGUGUUAUUGGUUUCACUAGCGUUGGCAGAUAUUUUAGAAGAGGUAACAUUCUGGCCGUGAAAGUAACUAAAAACGUAACGCCGUCGAAAAUUUCGACAACCUUUUUGACAAACAAGCCAAAACGUCGUAUCUUUAACACUAUUGAAAAAAGUAUUGCGCAAGGCAAUAAAUUUGAUUAUAAAAAUCAAAUCAUAUUUAGCGGCCAUGUUUAGAAUGACACUUGUUGUUUUUGCUGCUGAAUUCUAGAUAAUAUAUUCAAGUGAAAGUUAUUAAAUUCAGCAUUUUAUAUUAUUUUCUUCCUGUGAAACGUAUUAUUUAGUUAAUAAAUAAUUAUUGUCGUAAAAUUGUAGGAAAUGGAUAAUGCUAUGCCAAUAUCACUAUAUAAUUUAUUAUUUUUUCACGUAUUUCUUCUUCUUGAUUAAGUAGGUGCACCAGGUGUGCUCGAUAGCAUAUGGUAAACGCGUUUGCCAGACAGGUAGCUUUGCUGGCUUUGCCGGGUGUGCAAAAUUUUGAUUUUGAGUAGGCCCACUUGGGACGUAUUGAUUAGGGAAAACCUAUCAUUAAAACGGAUUUAAAGAAAUUCCAUUAGGUUCCCGUCAUUUGCUACCUGUAUAAAACAUUUUGGUGUCCAGGUAUGUAGGCCUGUAAACCGCGAAAUGGGAGAAAUUAAUUGCCUACCUGUUACAUAUAAAUACGAUCGGGGCGCUAAGAACCAGCAUCAGUUCUUAAAAGACUGUCCUACCGACAAGAGCGCUUCUUCAAUCAGCAUUCUAAAACAUCUGAGCAGUAUGUCAGCAUUCACCUGCACACAGUUCCUGAACCUGAAUUUAAAGGACAUUUCGUCAAUGUCCACCACCGUCACAUUAGACGCAGCCUGCUUUGGACGGCAGGACUUGAACCUAUUUAUUGAGAGUCUAGAAACCAUAUCUCGCCUGGAGAAGGAGAGACACGAGCGACGACAGCUUCGGCGCGAGCAAAGACUACAACAGGCUCGAAUUACUGAGAUAGCGAACGAACGAUGCUCCAGUCCGACACCCAGAGCCGAGGAAGCCGUUGACGAGCCGCUCUUAUAUCUGGAGGCCAAGUGCAUACCGUAUGCGGUUUCUGGCCAUAUUUUUGCACAGGGCGACAACACACCUUGUCCCGAAUACAAUAUGUGUGAUGACGAAGCGUACGGAAGUGCUUCGUAUUCAGCACGCAGCAGCGUCACCUACUGUAGCUGCGUUGGAAUCUCCAAUCUGGAUAUAGACUCCGGAGAAUCCGAAGGGAAGAGGAAACCGUUUGUGCAUGCGAGCUCCCAGGCCAAACCGAAGAAUAGAUAUUCUUCAACGCGAUCCCGCAUAAUUAACUUGGUGUUAAAGAGAAAUAGGGCGAAGCCCGCUCUCAUCGAGCAUCUGCAGCGACAGGGACAUUGUGACACGUUAUCCAGCGAGAACAUCAGUCACCAGUUCCCACGGCUUACUACUAGUCAGAAAAGGUCGGCUGAGCAUAGUUUUCUGGAUAAGGCCCUUCGAUAUCUUACAUUAUAAUAAGCUUCUUUGUGUAUAGAUUAUCUUGUAGGUUUGUUUAUAAAACAUUUCAAUACAUUAAAGUUAAUUGCCACAA